GGAGGAGUCGGAGGCGGCCCCGGGCGGGCUCGGGCUCGGGCUCCGCAGCCAUGGAGAACGCGCACACCAAGACGGUGGAGGAGGUGCUCGGCUAUUUUGGCGUCAACGAGAGCACCGGGCUGAGCCUGGAGCAGGUCAAGAAGCUCAAGGAGCGCUGGGGCUCCAACGAAUUGCCUGCAGAAGAAGGGAAAACCUUAUUGGAGCUUGUAAUUGAACAGUUUGAAGAUUUAUUAGUUAGAAUUUUACUGCUGGCAGCCUGCAUAUCUUUUGUCCUGGCCUGGUUUGAAGAAGGUGAAGAAACAAUCACAGCUUUUGUGGAGCCUUUUGUAAUCUUGCUUAUCUUAGUGGCCAAUGCCAUUGUGGGUGUGUGGCAGGAAAGAAAUGCUGAGAAUGCAAUUGAAGCUCUUAAGGAAUAUGAACCUGAAAUGGGCAAAGUUUAUCGGCAGGACAGGAAGAGUGUCCAGCGGAUCAAAGCCAAAGACAUAGUUCCUGGGGAUAUUGUGGAAAUAGCUGUUGGUGACAAAGUUCCUGCUGACAUAAGGUUGACGUCCAUCAAGUCUACUACCUUGAGAGUGGACCAGUCAAUUCUCACAGGUGAAUCUGUCUCUGUUAUUAAACACACGGACCCUGUGCCUGAUCCCCGGGCUGUCAACCAAGAUAAGAAGAAUAUGCUUUUCUCUGGUACAAAUAUUGCUGCUGGAAAAGCCAUGGGAGUGGUCGUUGCCACUGGCGUGAACACUGAAAUUGGCAAAAUCCGUGAUGAAAUGGUGGCGACCGAGCAGGAGAGGACGCCCCUGCAGCAGAAGCUGGACGAGUUUGGGGAGCAGCUGUCCAAAGUCAUCUCCCUCAUCUGCAUCGCCGUCUGGCUGAUCAACAUCGGGCACUUCAAUGACCCCGUACACGGGGGAUCCUGGAUCAGAGGCGCCAUCUACUACUUUAAAAUCGCAGUCGCCCUGGCUGUCGCGGCCAUUCCCGAGGGUCUGCCUGCCGUCAUCACGACCUGCCUGGCCCUGGGGACCCGCCGAAUGGCCAAGAAGAACGCCAUCGUCAGGAGCCUGCCAUCCGUGGAGACCCUGGGCUGCACCUCCGUUAUCUGCUCAGACAAGACCGGCACUCUGACCACCAACCAGAUGUCCGUGUGCAGGAUGUUUAUUCUGGACCGAGUGGAAGGGGACAGCUGCUCUUUGAAUGAGUUUACAAUAACUGGGUCAACAUAUGCGCCCAUGGGAGAAGUGCAUAAAGAUGACAAACCAGUGAAGUGCCAUCAGUAUGACGGUCUGGUGGAACUGGCCACCAUCUGCGCCCUUUGUAAUGACUCUGCAUUGGACUACAAUGAGGCAAAAGGGGUGUAUGAAAAAGUCGGGGAAGCCACAGAGACUGCCCUCACUUGUCUGGUGGAGAAGAUGAACGUCUUUGAUACGGAGCUCAAAGGCCUCUCCAGGAUUGAACGCGCCAAUGCCUGCAACUCGGUUAUAAAACAACUGAUGAAGAAAGAAUUCACCCUCGAGUUCUCAAGAGAUAGAAAAUCAAUGUCUGUCUAUUGUACACCAAAUAAACCAAGCCGGACUUCCAUGAGCAAGAUGUUUGUGAAGGGAGCCCCCGAAGGCGUCAUCGACAGGUGCACGCACAUUCGGGUGGGGAGCACCAAAGUUCCCAUGACUUCUGGGGUCAAGCAGAAGAUCAUGACGGUCAUUCGGGAAUGGGGCACUGGCAGAGACACGCUGCGCUGCUUGGCGCUGGCCACGCACGACAGUCCUCCCAGAAGAGAGGAGAUGAAUCUGGAGGACUCAGCCAACUUCAUUAAAUACGAGACCAAUCUGACUUUUGUUGGCUGUGUGGGCAUGCUGGACCCCCCGAGAACUGAAGUGGCCUCGUCGAUCAAGCUCUGUCGGCAGGCUGGCAUCCGGGUCAUCAUGAUCACGGGAGACAACAAGGGCACCGCCGUGGCCAUCUGCCGUCGGAUCGGCAUCUUUGGCCACGAGGAAGACGUCGCUGCCAAGGCUUUCACGGGCCGCGAGUUUGACGAGCUGAACCCUUCUGCCCAGAGGGAUGCCUGCCUCAAUGCCCGCUGCUUUGCCAGGGUGGAGCCUUCCCACAAGUCCAAGAUUGUGGAGUUCCUCCAGUCCUUUGAUGAAAUUACAGCUAUGACUGGGGACGGUGUCAAUGAUGCCCCGGCCCUGAAGAAAUCCGAGAUCGGCAUUGCCAUGGGGUCUGGGACUGCAGUGGCCAAAACCGCUUCAGAGAUGGUGUUGGCGGACGACAACUUCUCUACCAUCGUGGCGGCUGUCGAGGAAGGACGCGCCAUCUACAACAACAUGAAGCAGUUCAUUCGCUACCUCAUCUCUUCCAAUGUUGGGGAAGUCGUGUGUAUUUUCCUGACUGCUGCUCUAGGUUUUCCUGAGGCUCUCAUCCCUGUCCAGCUCUUAUGGGUAAACCUGGUGACAGACGGCCUUCCGGCUACGGCCUUGGGCUUCAACCCUCCCGACUUGGACAUCAUGAACAAGCCGCCCCGAAAUCCCAAAGAGCCCCUCAUCAGCGGCUGGCUCUUCUUCCGCUACCUGGCCAUCGGAUGUUAUGUCGGAGCUGCGACUGUGGGGGCGGCCGCAUGGUGGUUCAUUGCUGCUGAUGGCGGUCCAAGGAUUACCUACUACCAGCUGAGUCACUUCCUGCAGUGUAAAGAGGACAACCCAGACUUUGAGGGCGUAGACUGCGGAGUCUUUGAGUCGCCAUACCCCAUGACGAUGGCGCUGUCUGUGCUGGUAACCAUUGAGAUGUGCAAUGCGCUCAACAGCUUAUCGGAAAACCAGUCCCUGCUGAGGAUGCCGCCGUGGGAGAACAUCUGGCUGGUGGGCUCCAUCUGCCUCUCCAUGUCCCUCCACUUCCUCAUCCUCUAUGUAGAGCCCCUGCCGCUCAUCUUCCAGAUCACGCCUCUGAAUGUGACCCAGUGGCUUAUGGUGCUGAAGAUCUCCCUGCCCGUGAUCCUCAUGGACGAGACCCUGAAGUUUGUGGCCCGGAACUACCUGGAACCUGGUAAAGAGUGUGUGCAGCCCGCCUCCAAACCGUGCUCUUUCCCAGCCUGCACCGAAGGGAUUUCUUGGCCGUUUGUGCUGAUCAUUAUGCCCUUGGUCAUCUGGCUUUAUAGCACAGACACUAACUUUAGUGACAUGUUCUGGUCUUGACUGACGUAGUUUUACAUAAAAGAUGUUUAACUUAAUCGAUUAAUUUUUUUUAUUGUUUAAAGCAACUGUCUAUUUCUGCUGAAUUUUCACAUGAACAUGUUUGCUGGUGAAGGAGGUUUCAUACUCUAGAUUUUGUUUUGCUUUUUCUGACUCCAGUGGGGCAAGAUUUUCCUUUUUUUAUACACAUAAUUAAAGUGUCCAUUGACAUGUACAGAGAACUAACACUAUUUUAUGCAAAUAUUUUUUUGUAGAUGAAAAAGCAUGUACAGUGUUCUGUCUAAUAGUCUCAUCCUUGUAUAAAGAAAUCGUUGAGCCAGCAGACAUUGUCAGCAAAUUAAUUGGCGGCAGAUUUUAGGGAAUGAAUGUGUGUGGUUUUUUCUAAAACUAAGUAGCAUGUAUUGUCUUCUGCAUGAUCACCUGGAUUUAAUUUGAUGUCACAGUCUAAUUUUUUUAUUCAUAAGCCAAUUUUUCUGCACUGAGCAGAGUACUGCUACCUCAGUCAGUAUUUUUGGUUUGCCGCCCCGCCCGCCCCACCCCUCACCGUCAGCACCGUCCCCUCGCCCUUCCCCCACUCCCUCUUGGCUUCUUGGUUCUCGGAUGCCGAUGGUUUUGUUUACACCCGUCUCAUUGAGAGGUAGGCCUGCUCUCGCUUGUGCAGAAAACAUUGUUCCAGAUCCACUCUCCUGGACUCAUCUCCCCCGACGUAGUUUUUAAGGUUAUUUAUUUUAACGUCUAAUGUAUUUUCUCGUAACAGACAUUGUUUUGCCAACGUUGCCCACUUCAGCGGCACUUAUCUAGUUUUAAAAGAAAUAAAUAAAACCUUUUAAAUGGACAGAGGAAAAGAACCUGUCUCGUUUUAACUCUUAAAGUGGCUUAAGCCUAGUUGGGACUCCUUACUGAUCUGAUCAAGUCUACUCAUUUCCCUUCAAGGACUUAGGCCAGAGCCUUGGGAUUGUGAUUGAGAGGGGCACAAGCCUGGCACAGUUAGAAGUUGGGUCUGAGGGCAUGAGUUGUCAUCUGCUAGAUACACUUAAUGCCAGUCCUGAUAGAGAGAGACGUAACAUGAGCUCCAGUGGUGGGUGGGUGGGUGUGUGUGCGUGUGCGCGUGUUUUGUAAAAUCUGUAAAUAGCACAUGACCAAAUGGACAUAUUGUAUAGAACAAUUUUUAUUUUACCGUGGCACUAACCACCACCAUCAUUAUCAUGGUUGAUGUUUGCGCAUGUUUUCAAGUUCAGUCCGAUACCAACAGCGUGUAAGUCAUUAACUGUCCUAACUGUGGUGUUUUUCUCCAAUGCCUUCCAACAUUCAUCAACUAAAGUGAGUAUUUUUUUGUUGUUGUUAACCAGGGGUGACUCUGCUUUUAAAAAAAAAAAAAGUCUCCUGUAUGAUGUUAAUGAAUAAACGAUGACUUCCUUGGUCCCAGGCUCCCUCGCUGUGCUAUGUGAUUGUCGCCCUUUGGGCACCUGACCCAAGCAGCCAUGCAAGCGUCUGAUGAGACUUUGGCCUUAGGAACCGUCCGAGGGCAGUCAGGUCACAGACUGAGCUAGCUCCCCUGCCAUGGAUCCUCACCAGGGAGUUCGUGUCAGCAGCCCCCUCUCCUUAAUCUGCUUCUGGGGCACAUCCUUGGCAUUUAAGCCAGGGCCCUCUAGUCAGUGGUCAGCAACCGGCUGGCUUUCCAGAGGAAGUUAAGUCCCCAUCUAAGAUAAAUGACGGUGGGAUAGGGAUAAAAUUGUCCAGAGUACUAGUGUGAAUACUCACCGACCCCUCCACAAAUCCCCUCUGGGGCAGCUGAUGUUCCAGGAGUGUCUGGUGCUUCCUCGGCAGCCCUGCCGGAGCCACUUUCUUAGCACCCUUAGCUGGACCAACUUCCCUCAGCCUUCCUCUCUGUGUGAAUGUUUGUGGGGAGGGGAAGGCAUCACAUAUAGGGAAUGGAAAAUGCCAAGAGAUUCUAGGAUUGGAAUGCUUCAAAGGCAGACUGAAAUUUUAGGAGGUCAUGUGCUCCUUCCAUUUUCCUUUUAACUACCUGAGUGAGCUGCUGCUGUGUGUCUUGAAGGUCAGUCAAGGCUUUCCCCCACUCCCGCCCAUGCCCUCCUUCAAGGGGGUAAAGGAGGCGAGUCGUGGAGGGCCUCCCUCCACAGAAGGCAGCAACAGCGAGUCUCCAGGGCCCUCCUGGGCCUACGUCGCCCCUCGGUGUCGCCCCUCGGUGUCACGUUUGUCUGAGAUGCCUGGAGAGGAGAGGGGCACACGGCUGCUUUUCCACCAUAGGCCUCACCGUAGCUUAGGCUAGCUUGCCACAGACUGCCUACGGAUGGGCACAGUGAUAGCCGCCCUUCCGGCAGCGGACAGAUUGGCUCCCUGCUCUGUAUGGAUGGGGCAGGACCCUCUCCUUAUUCCCCAGCAUUCCUCCUGGGCCUUGUUGGUGCUGCUUGCAUGGGCUGAGGAUUGCUGUUCUGCAGCAAUCUCUGUUUGAUACCGAGGAGCUCGUGACGCCCUCUCUGUGCCUCAGCACUACCAGCAUCCGUAAGGCCCUCCUUUGCCUGUGUUGCUGGUCCUGUGGGGCAUGGGUAGGAAUCUCCUAUGUGGGAGGGCAGGUACAUACCUGUCCUGGUUCUGUUCCUGUGAUGGGCCAGAGCUUUCAACCAACACCCACCCCUGCAGUCUCCACCAGGAAAGCAGGGAGAAUGCCAUCUUGACCUCUGCCAAGUACUCUGGCGAUACCUUAGAAUACCAUGGCCCAUUCCCCACUCAGAGACGAAUCUGCGUUCCCAUGUAGGAAUGGAAGACUCUGACCAGUCAGGUUUUGACCAAAGCCCCACGUUAAAAUAAGCUCAGUCUAGCAAGGAAAGGCACCGGUUCCCACCCUGAAGAGAACAAGCUUCUUAUACUGCGCUCAGUCUCUGGCUGCCCUCUGGGCUGACGAUAAAGGGGCUUUUCUCCCUUCAUCUCCUUGAAGCAUUUCUCAGACCAUGGCCGUCUCUCAAGAACACAAGCAAUGAUGGGAGUCCAGCAGGUGGCCGGGCCCGGUGGAAUGAAUGCCUGCCCUCACUGCUCACUCCUGACUUGCACUUUUAACCAUUAACUCUCCUUUUUCCUGUGUGCUGGUUUCACAUCCACUAACCACCUCUUGGGACGUGUUUCCUAACUGCACCAAGCCAAGGGUGAGGGCAGCUAGCCUCGAAACGGUCAGUGUAGUCCAGGUGUCCCCCCCACAUCAUGAGCCAUUGGCAGUUAAUCGUGGGAACAUGCUGGCCGGUGAGCUGAGGUCCAGAAAGAGCCAAUUCUGCACCAUCUCUCUCUGCCACUAUUGAUCUUUUUGUCUUAUUUUUGUCAUAAGAGUAACUUCCUUUCUCCCCCCAUUUUCCUACCAGGCUGAUUUCCUUUCUCUUUCCUUUUCAGCAAUACUGGAGUAACCGCUUCCUAAACCAUUUUGCAGAAGUGUGAGGUUGUUUUGUUGCGUGCAUGUGCGUUUUUUUUUAGCAACAUCUACCAGCCCUCUGCAUGUGUGAUGUUGGGGAAAAAAAAAAAGGAAAAAAAAAUCCUCUCAAGCUCAUUGUGUGUGAUGUGGAGGACGUGUGUUACCGAUGGGGUUUCACUUUUUAAAAAGAAUCAGUUACUACUUUAAAAACGUGCAAUAUAGCUUAACAAAUCCGAAAACCUUCCCAGGAAGUUUGGUUCUUUGCUGUACGGAGAUUUGGGUCUUUAAAAACCUCAGCCGACCGAGAAUUAGGAGCCGGCAGCCAAGUUUCCAUAUUUCUUCCUGGGAUAAAAUGCCAUAGCUUAUAUAAUGUACAAAUCCUCAAUUGUAAUGCAUGCCUUCUGUUGUAAGUAGCCAACCUUCUUGUACGGUCUCAUCGAAACGUGCUACUUUAUAAACAGCAUUGUACAGUAUGCUUAUUUAUAAACUCAUGGAAAACACUACAGAUGUUGAAUGUUACAAAUCAUAGCCAGCCUUCCAGUCCAGAACUUAAGUUUUGUUUUUGUUUUAUUUUUUUUAAAUGUGUGCAAACAACUCUUUUGCACUGUAAUAAUGUAACUUAUUUAAGGAAAUCCAAGCAGUAGACAGAUGUUGGUGCAAUAAUACAAAUAUCGUGAUGCGUUUCUCUUAGACCUAAUGCUAAAAGUCCACUUUUGAUCACAAACGCAUGUUGGACGUUAGAGACUGUAAAUAAAGAUGAGUUGUUCAUUUCUGUGCUCAGAACAAUAAGCACCACAACCAUCAUGGUUUCAGGUAAAUAAAUUUAUUCUACAAUA